ACCUGGGAAUUCAUAUUGCUCAAUAACAACCAGACUCUCGAAGCAGGCGGAUGUGCUUUGCUUUUUUGGUCCUAUGUCUGGUCUGCCAUUGGAUCUUUGUUUAUCACGGCUUCACUGGCUGAGAUGAGCUCGAUGACGCCGAGCUCGGCAGGACAGUAUUUCUGGGUCUCAGAGUUUGCCAGUAAGCGCUGCCAGCGAUGCCUAUCAUAUAUCACAGCUUGGAUGACAGUCAUCGGCUGGCAAUGUGGAAAUGCCUCGGGAAUUUUCCUGACAGGCUCGAUGAUGCAGUCAAUAAUCACCAUUUAUCGCCCUGCCAACGGUACAAUGAUCUGGCAGACGAUCGUGUUCCUGCUCCCGGCUCUCGCUCUGGUCAUCUUGACAAACAUAUAUAGUAAUCGUGCGAUAGCGAUCACACAGAAUAUCCUGAUGUCGGUACACAUUCUUGCCGUCAUAGCAAUUAUCACAAUCUUCGGAGUGCUGUCGCCACACAUUCCAGUAGAGAGAGCGCUUCUCAAGAUGGACAGUUCCGAGUGGUCGUCUCCGGGUUUGGCGGCACUUUUCGGUCAGGCAAACGCGAACUACAGCGUUUUUUAUGUCGACGCUCCAAUUCGUCUUUCGGAAGAGGCACAAGAUGCUGCAGUCUCCGUGCCUAAAGCAACAAUGCGCAGUCAAUUGAUCUCGUGUGUCUGUGGACUUUUCGCUAUAACAGCAUUUGUAUUCUGCGUCCCGAACAUUUCAGAUGCUCUGGAUCAUCCGACAGGCUACUCCCUCUUCUACGUUUUACAACUAUCCGUUCCGAAUGGUGUAAUAGUGGGUGUUCUCCUGGCGUUCAUUAUUCUCAUUGGAGCAAGUAACAUUGGAUUUGCAGCUGCGACAGCAAGGAUCACAUACGUAUUUGCCAGAGACCAAGGCCUUCCCUUCUCUGAGUGGAUAAGUAAGGUGCACAAGAAACGGCUGACACCGAUCAAUGCUGUGUUCUUGACAGCAGCGAUCAGUCUCGCACUGUCGUUGAUAGUCCUCGGAUCCAUGACCGCUUUCUAUGGCAUCGUGGGUGUUGCACAGGCCACGCAAGCCAUGUCGUACACACUGGCCAUCUCGAGCGUGCUGUACCGUCGCAUGAAGUCGCCAGAGAAGAUGCCGAGAGCGCGAUGGAGCUUGGGACCUCUGUGGGGUCCAAUCAUCAACCUGCUAGCCAUUCUGUUUUCGAUCAACUGCUUCAUCUUCUCAUUCACUCCACCAACUUUACCAGUCACAUCGACAAAUUUCAACGUAUCGCCCGCAAUUUUCGUAGGCUUGCUGGUCAUAAUGAUGGUCACGUAUCGUUUCAGACGGAACAAAUACGUCGGACCAGUGACGCGUACGAGAGAUACUCCCAGCUGGAAUAUGAGCCAGAUGGGUACUGAUCAGGGUACUCGUUUCCUGACAAUUCCGGAUGAGCUUCGAUAG